AUGGCCACAGAAGCCCCCGUGGGCGACCUCGCCAGCCAGCUCGAGAAGCUCAACGUCGGCAAGCUCGAGGCGUUCCCCAACUCCCACCCCGACCUCAACCCUGUCGACGUCUACCGAUCACACAUUGCCUCCCUCCUCCACGAUGUCUCUGGCGUUGAGAAGUCCCUGAUCUACAAUGCCCUGCAAUGGACAGCCACACUCGAGAACGGCGAUCUUCUGCUGCCCGUGCCCGCCCUUCGCGUCAAGGGCAAGAAGCCCCAUGAGCUGACCGAAGAGUGGCUCGCCAAGUUCCCCGAGUCCCCUCUCAUCGAAAAGCCCGUUCCUUUCAACAACGGCUCCUUCAUUCAGUUUUGGUUCAAGGCCGCGCCUCUCGCCCAGCUCGUCAUUCCUCAGAUUCAGCAGCGCACCGAGGAUUUUGGCAAGAACCCCCGCAACGGCCUCCGGGAUCCCCAAGACCCCUCCAAGGGCCAGAAGCACAUGAUUGUCGAGUUCAGCAGCCCCAACAUUGCCAAGCCCUUCCACGCUGGUCACCUUCGCAGCACCAUCAUUGGCGGUUUCCUCUCCCACCUGUACGCGGGCGCCGGCUGGAAGGUCACCCGCAUCAACUACCUCGGCGACUGGGGCAAGCAGUACGGCCUCCUGGCGCUCGGCUACGAGAAGUACGGUGACGAGAAGGCGCUCGAGACGGACCCCAUCAACCACCUAUUUCAGGUCUACGUCAAGAUCAACAACGAUCUCGCCGAGGAGAAGGAGAAGAUCGCCGCGCUCGAGAAGGAGGGCAAGGAUGCCAGCGAGCUUAAGAAUGAGGGUCUCGACGAGCAGGCUCGCCGCUACUUCAAGGCCAUGAACGACGGCGAGCAGGCGGCGCUCGCGCAGUGGAAGAAGUUCCGUGACCUCAGUAUCGUUCGCUACAAGCAGACGUACGCCCAGCUCAACGUCACCUUUGACGAGUACUCGGGCGAGUCGCAGGUGUCGGAGGAGGACAUGGCCGCCUCGGCCAAGACGCUCGAGGACAAGGACAUCUCCGAGGUGUCGGACGGUGCCGUGGUCAUCAACUUCCAGAAGCACGUCGCAGGCAAGGCCGGCAAGUCGUUGGAGAAGCCCGUCAUUAAGAAGCGUGACGGCACUGCGCUGUACCUUACUCGUGAUAUCAGCGAGCUGCUGCACCGCGAGAAGAAGUACAACUUUGACCACAUGAUCUACGUUGUUGCGUCGCAACAAGAUCUGCACCUGAAGCAGUUGUUCAAGAUUAUCGAGCUCAUGGGCUUUACUGACACGGCCAAGAAGGUCCAGCACGUCAACUUUGGCAUGGUACUCGGUAUGAGCACUCGCAAGGGCACUGUUAAGUUCCUGAGCGAUAUCAUUCGCGACGUUUCUGACCACAUGCAUGAUGUCAUGAGGAAGAACGAGGAGAAGUAUAAGCAGGUUGAGAACCCAGAUGCCGUCGCUGAGACACUCGGUAUCAGCGCCAUCAUGGUGCAAGACAUGACGGGCAAGCGCCAGAACUCGUACACCUUCUCCCUCGAGGCCAUGACAAGCUUCGAGGGCGACACGGGCCCCUACCUUCAAUACGCCCACGCCCGUCUGUCGUCCAUCAUGCGCAAGGCCAACAUUCCCGAGGCGGACCUUGUCGACGCCGACCUGAGCCUACUCACCGAGAAGCACGCGACGGAGCUCAUUCGCAUGCUGUCGCAGUACCCCGACACGGUGCAGAACACCCUCAAGACGCUCGAGCCGACGACGGUGCUUACGUACCUGUUCAAGCUGACGCACGUGCUCAGCAGCUCCUACGACGUGCUGAGGGUCGUUGGCAGCGAGCCCGAGGUGCUCAAGGCCCGUCUGGCCCUGUAUUACUCCACCAGGACCGUCCUGGCGAACGGCAUGAGGUUGCUGGGUCUGUCGCCUGUUCAGAGGAUGUAA